GUUAGUGAAUGUAGCCCCGCAGAGCCAAUGAGCUGGGACCGGAUGCGAUAUAUCCUCUGGGACAACAACUGCUCUGUUCCUCCUCAGUCCCACAUGACGCCAUUUACUGUUCGCAUAUCCCCGACCUCCGGAAAAGAGACAGGAGAUCGCAGAGAAAGUGCACGAGCCACCUCCGGUCUCCGAGCCCCGCUGUCACGUUCUGAGAAGCCUGCGAGCAGCUGAAGGAUGUACCUCUGCUAGAUCCUAACACUUAGUGAGCAGGGGGGGAAACUGGCACUUGGAGUCGCGGAUCAAACUUCCAGCAGAGGGAUCGGGAAGUGUCCCCCCGCUACAAACCGGUUCCAUUUAGCACUGGAAACUUGUUUUUUUUCCCUUUCUCUCUUUUUUUCCCUUAUUUGGAGAAUCUGCAACUUUGUGGCUAUAACUUUAAAGCUCCCCUUCCACCCGGAUUUUGGAUUUACCAACCCUUAAAAAAAAAAAUUACCAACAAAAUAAUAAAACCCAAGUCCCCGGGGGCGAGGAGUCGCUGAGCUGCCGCAGUUACGAAUUUCAGAUGUGUUCUCAGUCUACUGGAGUGAAAACUCUUCAGAGUACUGAUGGAUACAAGAGUACAAAAUGGCAAUGCAUCCCAACCUUUACUCCAGGCUCGGCGUGACAAUGGGAGACCGAUUGGUGAUAUUGGCACGAGGGAAAUUGUUACGCAACAAGCUCAUGUUUUGUCCUUGGAACAGAUCCGAGCCAUACGGAACACUAAUGAGUAUACAGAAGCGCCUACGGUGGCCCCAAGGCCUUGGAUUAAACCUGCACCUCGUCCGGCUACCCUACACAAAAAUGACAGAAUACAUGUAGUAACUGACCAGAGGCAGUUUAAUAGGAGUCCUCAUCCACCGAUGCAUUUUUCAUCAAGGGAACCCUUGCCUCGGUCGAUUAGUACUGUUAGUACUGGAUCUCGGGGCAGUACAAGGACAAGCACAAGUAGCAGUUCGUCAGAACAAAGAUUUUUAGGGCCAUCCUAUACUUCUGCAGGGUUGGUUGCUGACCGAAUAAUUCGAGUACAACCCAAACCUGAACUGAAAACAGAGGAGUUAAAGCCUUCUGGUAAAGAAGACUUGGGCUUGCAUUCAUACAGGUGUGAGGACUGUGGGAAAUGUAAGUGUCAAGAAUGCACUUAUCCAAGGACUCUUCCCUCUUGUUGGAUUUGUGACAAGAGGUGCCUUUGCUCAGCCCAGGAAGUGGUUGACUAUGGAACUUGUAUUUGCUGUGUGAAGUGCCUUUUCUAUCACUGCUCAAAUGAUGAUGAGGACAAUUGUGCUGACAACCCCUGUUCUUGCAGUCAGUCUCAUUGCUGUACUCGCUGGUCCGCAAUUGGUGUCAUGUCCAUGUUCUUGCCUUGUCUAUGGUGUUAUCUUCCAGCCAAGGGUUGCCUUAAAUUGUGUCAAAGUUGUUAUGAUCGGGCAAAGCGGCCAGGCUGUCGAUGCAAAAGGUCAAACACAGUAUGCUGUAAAGUUCCUCAAAUUCAGCCCAGAAACUUUGAAAAACCAACAUAGCACAGGAGGAUGAAUCUGAUUUACGUAAUGAAAUGUUUAACACAGAUAUGCAAUCAUAUAAAAGUUGUCACCUUGGCACAGUUAGUAGAAAGCUUUUGGGACAUUUUCCUGUUUGCCGUGAAACACUUUUUAUACUGUAUGUGGUAUCUUAACAGAUAGGCUUGUUAGGGAUCCAGUGGUGUUCUGUGACCCAUAGGUUAUAUAAGCUAAAGCAACACAGACACUCCUAGGUAACUGUGUAUUAUUGUUUGUGAAUAGUACUCAUGACAUUUGUAAAUUAGCAAAUGACCUUAUUUUCUGCCAGAGAUAAUGUGCUAUAUUUUUGUACAUAAUAUUUACAACUGUGAAAAAAAAAUGGUGCCGUGUAUAUGGCACAGUCACAAAAUCUACUAAUGUACAUUCAAAGGAAUGUGAAUCAAUCAGUAUGGUUAGAUUGUACUUUGCCUUAGUGAAUCUUAACUCUUUGAGUGCCGGGGGUGCACAAUGAAUGGGUGUCACAACCCUGUGGCACUUUGUGGGUUUUAAUAUUACCAGACUUCUACUCUUUAUAUUGUACAGUUACAUUAAGAGCCAGCCUUUAUUUUCUAAUUUUUCAACAUAUUGUUUAGUGUAAAGUAUAUUUAUUUGAAGUUUUAUUAUUUUAUAAAAGAGAAAUAUUUAUUUUAAGAAGCAUCUUAAAAAUGCUCCCCUUUUUUAUGAUGUCACUUUCUGCAAAUAGGGGCGACUGAUGCAUAUGUUCACUAUAAAAUAGAAAAUAUAUUAACGUUUGAAAUUAAA